GGGAGACCCGGAGCUCAGACACAGAAAACCAUCCGAAGCAGAAAUGGUGCGGAUUAGGAUCUUUCUCCGUUUUGCCUUUGCAGCGGCUCUUACACUGAGAGUUUUCGGGCAGGUCCCUAAACCACAAAAUGUGAAAAUACACUCGGUCAACUUCAAGCACGUGCUUCAGUGGGACCCAGUUGUUUGCCGCAAAGGGAAUAUCUCCUAUUCAGUUGGGUAUCAAAGCUCCUACUCCCAUUUUUAUGAAAAGGAUGAACCCUUUGAAAAAAGCUGCACUAACAUCAACACCACACAAUGUGACUUGUCAAACGCACUGGCCGACGAGAUCAGUUAUUGGUUACACGUAAGAGCUAAAUGUAAGAGCAGGACAUCUAAGUGGGCAGCUGUCGAAGACUUUCAACCUUUCCGAGACACCUUGAUCGGACCUCCCCCAAACUUCAAUGUAAAAGUAAAGUUGGAUAUGCUUGAUGUCCUCUUUGCUGAACCGAUGAAGGAGAAUUCUCAACGGACGAUGCGCAGCUACUAUACAUCAAUGGCUUUCAAGAUAUCCUACUGGAAAAAUACUGACCCAAAAAAGAUCCUAAACGUUGUUGCUGAAGCGCCGAUGAAGAGGCUCAAUAAUCUUGAGCCCCGGACUGAGUACUGCCUGCAAGUUUCAUGUAUUGACAAAGAAACAAAUAUCACAGGACUCCCCAGUCGAAUAGUGUGUGCAACCACAAUGGAUGAUGAUAAAAUUCCGCUGUGGAUGACCAUGGUAGUACUUCUGAUAUCACUUGCGGUUGUCUUCAUAAUGGUGAUGGGAGUGUUCAGUACAGUCAUUUGCAGCUACAGAACUAUCAGAUAUGCCUUCUACCCGUCCUACAGCCUCCCUGAACACAUCAAAGAGAAGAUGUCGCUGAGUUCUCUACUAAUGCUACCCGACAGCCAGAACUCGGAGGAAGAAUUCUUUGACAAACUUAGCAUUGUUUCAGACUUCAAGAAAGAGUCCAGCAAGAAAAACGACGAUAUGAGCGCAAAUCCUGAGCAGCUUUGGAAGUAUCCCUCCGAGGAGAACAAACUAAUGCCAGAGGACAAACAAGAACCCUGUGCUAACACUAACAACCCUUACGGAAACUUGCAGACUCUCAUGAACAGCGCAGCUUAGACUGAAAGCUGCCGAACUGUGAAGAUGUCACUUCCAAUGAUUUGUUUUGUCAUUUUUCUUUAUGUCAAUGGAUUUGGCUGGUUUCCAAGGAUGAAUUCCUGAAUUUUUAAACUGCUGUCCACCUAAAAAUUGUCUCGCAAAGUGUUGUGCUUUCUGAUGAUAUGACGGCUUUUAAAUAUGAUGCAUUUCCAUUUUCCUUAUUAAAGACUGGAAACCACUACA